AUGUCCAGCCCUUCGAAGAAGCUGCUCGCCAACGUGCGCAGGAUUAUCCCGCCCAUGCUGGAGAGGUUUCAUAAAGGACAACUUGGCCGAGUCGCAGUUAUAGGAGGCAGUGCAGAGUGUGCGCCCCAUAUUUCUCUGCAAUGGCAUCUGCAAGGCUUGAGUCAUGUUAUCUGUGAACCAUCCUCAGCAACAGUAAUAAAGUCUUACUCCCCAAAUCUAAUGGUCCACCCAAUCCUCCAAUCCUCCAACACCCUCUCCUCAAUCUCCAACAGCCCGCUCCCACACCCACACGCCCGCGCUCUCGCAGAGCCUGUACUUUCCUUCCUAUCCCGUCUGCAUGUACUCGUCAUCGGCCCUGGCCUCGGACGGGAUCCAGUGACGCAAGAAAUAGUCAUCGAAAUCAUCAAAGAAGCACGCUCAAGAGAAAUCCCUAUAAUUCUGGACGCGGACGCGCUGCUUCUCGUCCAGGAGCAUCCAGACCUCAUCCGUGGCUACGCAGAAUGCAUCUUGACGCCCAACGUUGUGGAAUUCGCGCGGCUCGCGAAGGCGUUGCGUGCAGAUGUGUCUUCCAUGCCAGAUAGUGAUGCUGGCAAGUCUGAGGCCUGCAAGCGGCUAUCUAAUGCUCUCGGUGGCGUGACGAUCAUUCAAAAGGGGCGGCAUGAUACUAUUUCUAAUGGGAUGGCUAAUAUCGAGCGGCGGUCAGGGCGACACGUUGACGGGGUCGUUGGGGACGCUACUUGCAUGGCGCAAGGCAUAUCAUGA